AUGUCCCAGAGACAAAAAGCUAAAGCAGCAAAAGCAGACAGAGCAUCCUUCUUCCUGGAUAAAUCAUCCACAAAUCAGCCGCGGAAAGGCCACAGCCCGACCAAAGAUGGCGGCGACACGCGCUCGGAAGGGGAGCCCCCUCCGUCUCCAGGAUCCUCGGAUGUGGGACCAGAGGACGACCUGCUCACAAUAGUAAGCAUGAAAAAGAUGCUGGCAGAGCUCACGGACAACAUACAGAGCAAUAUGGCUGCGCAAUUGCAACCCUCAAAGCAGACCUCUGGAAGGAGAUACUUGAAUUAGGCCAACGCACUGCACAGGCCGAAAAGCGGAUGGACGAAUUUGUGGAGGCCCAUAAUAGCCUUGCAGACAAACUGCAAGAAAUAGAUUCCACUCUACACGUCCACGCACUGAAAAUGGCUGAUAAGACCGAUCGAGACGCAACAACCUGCGCAUCCGAGGCAUCUCAGAAUCAGUCCUAAACCUGGCCCUGAACAACUAUCUGCUAGAUAUGUUCCAGGUACUGACACCUGAGACUCCUCCUGACCAGCUAAUCAUCGAUCGAGCACACAGACUGAGGAGACCCAAACAUCUCCCCAACUCGGCCGCGAGAGAUGUCAUCGUUAGGGUCCACUUCUAUCAUGCUAAAGAAAGGUCCCCAGGCAUGCCUGAGCCUUACCAAGACCUAAAGCUGUUUACGGACUUGUCGGCAGCAACUCUACAGUUCCGAAAAAGCCUGACACCUCUCAUGACCGCAUUGUGCUCUCAAGGAAUUGCAUACUGCUGGGGGUACCCGGCAAAACUAUUGAUUCACUACCAGGACACACUACAUGCUGUGGACUCAUUAGCAACAGGCAAGGAGAAAUUCAGGAGUUGGGGCCUAGCAGCGACUGAGAAAGAGGACAAGAAUAAGGCGAAGAUACCCAGGAUGUCUCCAGAGUGGACUCCAGCCUGA